CACUCUUUCUUCUUCUCUCACUCUUUCUUCUUUUUCUCUCUCAAUUCUCAGCGCACAAAGCAGCGGGCAGUGGUGAUUUCUCCUCCCGACUCCCGUCUCUGGCGAUUGAUGGAGAAAAGAACUCAGGGACUGGUGGCGAUUGCGAUUGACGGAGAGAACAACCUAGCGGCGACGGCGACGGCGACGGUGAUUGACGGAGAGAACAACCCAGCGGCGAUGGCGACGGCGAUUGACAUCGCUGAUUGUGACGACUCCGGCAAUGAAGAUCUUGGUUUGGGGGCGAUGGUGUCGAAGUUGGCAGAUCUUGAACUCCGCCGGUGGGGGCUCGGGUGGGGGAAGGAGCAGAGCUGA